AAUCGAACUGUCAUUUGACUUGGGGGUUGGAUUUUAUUAUAUUUCAUUAUUUUAUAGUUCUAUUCUAAACGUUUAAUAUAGUCUUAAAUAAUAAUAUAAUCAUGAGUUUUAUUGCAAGAAAUAGAUCAUCAUUGCUGCGUGCUAUUAGUGUCAGGAUGUAUUCUGGUGAGCCUGGCUCUGGUGCUGGCAAGGGUGGCGGUGGUGGUGGUGCCAUCCGUGAGGCUGGCGGUGCCUUUGGCAAGAUGGAAGCUGCACGCGAAGAAGAGUACUUCUACAAGAAGCAAAAGGAACAGCUUGCAAAUCUGAAGAGCCAUUUGGACAAGGAGAUCUCUUUCCACGAGGAGCAGAUCAAACGCCACGAGGACGCCAUCCGCCGUCACAAACAAACCAUAACUAACAUGGACAACAAAUAAGUGAACAGAACUGAACACUCAUACAAUUUAUUAGUAGUAUGAAAAAUGUCUUAAACUUCAUAAUGUUAUUUACAAUGCAAUGGUUGAUUGUGUAUAAGGAUGUUAUUUUCGCUUUUAUUUUGUGUAGGAGUAGCUUAACAGUUUAAAAUAUAUGAUUAUAGGCAUUGUGUUGUAG